AUGAAGGAGUUGCUAACCAAGAAGGGUACCUUGAAGGGUGCACAAACAGUAGUGAUGACUAAAGAGAGCAGUGCCCUCAUCCAAAAGGACUUACCUACAACGAAGAAGGAUCCAGGGAGUUUUCACAUCCCUUGUGCUAUAGGGGACCCAAUGAUUGACAGAGGGUUUUGUGAUCUUGGAGCGAGCAUAAAUCUAAUGCCCCUAUCUCUCAUGAGGAAGCUGCAAAUCAAUGAGUUGAAAUUUACAAAUGUAACCCUUCAACUGGUUGACGAGACCCAGAAACAAGCAUUGGGAGUUGUUGAAAAUAUGCUAGUCAAGGUAGAGAGGUACUUCCUCCCUACAGACUUUGUUGUUCUUGAGAUGGAAGAAAGCUACCUUCAUCCAAUUAUUCUGGGGAGACCAUUCUUGGCCACAGCCAAAGUACUCAUAGAUGUUGAGCAAGGAGAGUUGAUAUUGAGAAUACAUGAUGAACAACUCACCUUUCAUGUCUUCAAACCUUCACAUGAAUCUGAACAAGAGAACAGAGCCUUGAAGAAUGAUCACAAGGAUUUAUUCCUGGAAGAGGGAAGCAGUGAAUCACAAGCAGAGCCUCUGAAGACCUCCUUGAUAGAAAAAUAA